CAACCAGGCAGUCGAUGGACACCUUUACUGCCUUCGUUUCCUGGCCCAGUGCUCCCUUGACCGCUUCACUGGUACAGAAGUCAUUAUCGUCUCUCAACCCUUCUCCAGUCAUCGUCGACCAUUUACCCAACUCCACAAAAAACGGCCUAUUGCAAUGGGCGACAUACGACGAAAUCGACCACGAACUCACAUAUUCUCAUGACCAUAACGCCGACUUCCUGUCAUCUGCCUACACAUUCCGGAAGGCCCUGACGCGAAAACACUUCUUAUCUCGUACCAUCCACUCUUAUAUCACCAAAAAUCCAGAUUCCAUCCUUGGACGUGCAGUACCCAAGACCUUUGAGCUCGAAAUAUCCUUUGUCGACGAGCUAGAUGAGAUUUUGGCCGAUGAUCUCUGGGAUCUCGGUAACAUUCUUGACAACGACCCGUGUAGAUGGUGGAUUUUGAAACCUGGUAUGGCGGAUCGCGGAAAUGGAAUCAGACUUUUCAAUAGUAAAAGCUCGUUGCUGCAGAUCUUUGAAAGUUUUGAGGAUGAACAGUCUUCAGACGAGGAGGAUGAUACGGCGGUUGUUACAUCUCAGCUUCGCCACUUUGUUAUACAGGAAUAUCUCUCCAAUCCGUUGUUGAUUGACCCAGAGGAGGUCUCCAUUGGUGGUUCGCUUGUACCAAAGGAACUACAAGGCCACAAAUUUCAUCUCAGGGUAUAUUGCGUUGCGUCAGGAGCCCUCCAACUAUACGUAUACAAGCAACUAUUGGCCUUAUUUUCCGCACUCCCUUACGCACCACCUGAACGAGGAGAGAACGAGUCAGUUGAUUUGACGCCCCACCUUACAAACACGUCACUUCAAACUCAUCGCGGCGAGGAGGGUGUUCGGCUACUCGACGAACUCGUUGGAUGUCACAUACAGUCAGGAGCAGAUGGAGCCGAUAUCAAGCUAUCCGAGGCUCAUGUGGCUGACUUGCUUGAGCAAAUAUGUGCAGUUCUCGCUGAGACGUUCAAAGCUGGACUCCAGAGUCCUGUUCAUUUCCAGGUCUUACCGAAUGCCUUUGAGCUUUUCGGAGUGGACUUUUUGGUCACUCAUCAACCAUCAUCAGACACUUCUUUCCAAGUUCAGCUCCUCGAAAUGAACUCAGAACCCGCGAUUGAGCUAACUGGACCCCGACUGACAUGGAUACUUGAAGAUUUAUUUGUGUCCAUCGGGCGGGUUUGUGUGCAGCCUUUCUUUACAAAGCGUAAAGACGAGGCAUGGCCGGUCGGGGAGUCUCGCUAUAGCUUGUUAAAGUGUUUAGACGAAGAGGUUCGCGCAACUUAGAUAAAUAGAAUUUUUUUUUUGCUAGUGAGGGAUAUGAAAUCACAUG